UCACAAGUAAAUCAUCAAAUUAGUCUCCAAAGAGAACAUCGAGAAGGCGAAACACCCUGUCUUCAACUCCCGAAAGAGUACCAUAGACGAAAGCCUUCGACUUGGAUUCUCACAAUUUCGGACUCUCAGUCAAUUGCUCAUAUAAUCCAAAACGGUAUAAUGGUGCUAUCGCAGCUGCACGGAGCGUUCAAAGGGACGGUAGAGAGAAUCACAAGUCCUCGUACCGUCUCUGCUUUCAAAGAGAAGGGCGUUCUCAGCGUUAACGAGUUCGUUAUUGCUGGCGAUAAUCUUGUCUCCAAAUGCCCUACCUGGUCUUGGGAGUCAGGUGACCCUAGUAAAAUGAAGUCAUAUUUACCAGCUGACAAGCAAUUCUUGAUCACAAGAAAUGUUCCUUGUCUAAGAAGAGCUGCAUCAGUGGAGGAAGAAUAUGAGGCUGCAGGAGGUGAAGUUCUGCUUGAUAAUGAGGACAAUGAUGGUUGGCUGGCAACUCAUGGGAAACCAAAAGAAAACAAAGGUGCUGAGGAUGAUAACUUGCCAUCUAUGGAAGCAUUAGAGAUUAGCAAAAAGAACUCUGUCCAGUCAAACCCGUCGUGCGUUGGAGGCGAGGAAGUGGAAGACAUACCUGACAUGGGAGAGUACGAGGAAGCUGACAAUCUUAUAGAAACAGAUCCUGCUACCCUUCAGACUACAUAUCUUGUGGCUCAUGAGCCGGAUGAUGACAACAUUCUAAGAACACGAACAUAUGAUAUCAGCAUCACGUAUGACAAGUACUAUCAAACGCCUCGUGUAUGGCUCACUGGAUAUGAUGAGUCAAGGAUGCUUUUGCAACCAGAGCUCGUACUUGAGGAUGUCAGUCAAGACCAUGCACGCAAAACGGUGACCAUUGAAGACCAUCCACAUCUUCCAGGGAAACAUGCUUCAGUACAUCCUUGUCGGCACGGGGCUGUGAUGAAGAAAAUUAUUGAUGUUCUCAUGUCGCGAGGAGUUGAACCUGAAGUUGACAAGUACCUCUUCCUAUUCUUGAAGUUUAUGGCUUCCGUGAUUCCAACAAUUGAAUACGAUUACACUAUGGACUUUGAUCUUGGUAGCAGUAGCACCUGAUUUGCAGGCAACUUCCUUCGAUAGAUGCUGCACGUAACAUGUCAAGCACCAAUUACUCUGAUGACGAUUUCAUGACCAGUGAUAAUUGUACAUAGUGUUUAAAGACUUCCUUCUAGAUAUGUGGUGCAUCCAUGAUGAAUUGUCCGCAAUCCUUGUUAUUGUAUAUUAACAAGAAGAUUUAAAGGUUAUUUUGAGAUGUGAAUUUGCCCGAGGAAAUUGUUUAUUAAUGUCGUCUUCAGAAGUUAAACUCAUGAAUGAAAGCAACGAAAAGGAUCGAGUUUAUUGUUUUCUA